AAUUGAAGUGAUGUUUGCAUUGACUGUAAGUUUAAAUGACAGUCACUUUUGAUUGCAUUGAUUGACGUGAAUAUGGAUUCAAAUGAAUCUGAAGUGAAGACACAGAUGUCGAGGAAGAGGAAGAGGAGGGCACAGGAUAUGACUGAUCACUCGACGCAUCCAUUGAGUGAUGAAGUAAAUGAAGAGUCAGAAGAGGUGACAAUUGACGACAAACUGACAAACGAAGAACUUUUAGAAGAGGAGAAGGAGUCACCGAACGAUCCGUUUUCAACUCAUUUCGAUCGGGAAUUGGAUGCAAAAGACAUCGAAUACCUAAAGGAGAGCCCGAAGAAGACCAUCAAAGAGCAUGAAUGGCAACAAAUGAAGAGAUUUAUUGAUAUUCAUAACGAGAAGUAUGUUUGCGAUUCAAUAGCAUUGAAACAAAACAUAAGACACUUUAGUCUGAAGAAUAUAUUGGUUGAGAAUAUAGCGAAAGCUGUGAUCACUAGCGACCCAAAGCAGUCACCACUUGAGUUGAAUUCAUUUCAAUACGAGUUGUUGUCUAUUAUUAGUAAAUAUAAGGACUUAUUGUUUACCGAAAGAAAUGCCCAAAACGGGGAACACAUUAGACUUAUAUAUAGUAUGCAUGCAUUGAAUCAUAUCAUGAAAAUCCGGACCCGAAUACUUCACCACAACUACAAAAUCAGUCGACAUGUCUCGUCGGAUGAAGAAUAUCGAGAUCAAGGCUUAACCCGUCCUAAGGUUUUAAUUUUAGUGCCCUUUCGGGACAGUGUCUUAAGAAUUGUAAAGAUUUUGAUUAGUCUUAUGUUUGGCGACACUAAAGACAAAUCGGACAAAAAGGCGAAUGUUUUAAUUUUAGUGCCCUUUCGGGACAGUGUCUUAAGAAUUGUAAAGAUUUUGAUUAGUCUUAUGUUUGGCGACACUAAAGACAAAUCGGACAAAAAGGCGAAUGUAAUGAAUGGCAAACGUUUUUUCGAGGAGUUCUCUCCCGAAGACGAUGAGCCAAAACUGCAUAAAAAGCCCGAAGACUACGAGUCGAUGUUCGCCGGAAAUAUUGACGAUUCCUUCCGAAUCGGUCUUUCCAUCACCAAAAAGAGUCUCAAACUUUACGCUGACUUUUAUUCUGCGGAUAUAAUCAUCUGUUCGCCACUCGGUCUCAGACUUAUCAUUGGUUCUGAAGGUGACUCCGAAAGGGAUUACGAUUUUCUAUCGUCAAUAGAGAUGGUUAUUAUGGAUCAGACGGAUGUGUUUCUGAUGCAGAACUGGGAGCAUGUGCUCCACAUUAUGAAACACUUGCACUUAACGCCCACUCAGAGCCGGGACGUGGACUUCUCAAGAGUGCGAAUGUGGGUCUUAGAGGGUUGGACCCAAUUCUACACACAAUUACUGGUCUUCUCGUCGAUAACGGUUCCAAUGAUAACCGCAUUAUUUAACAAACACUCGAACAAUUAUUUUGGCAAAAUUGUCACCAAAAAUGAGAUCACUUCGACAAAAGCGGCCGUCAGUAGUGUUUACAUUGAAGUGCCGCAAAUGUUUCAUCGCUUUGAAUGCAGUUCUUUGGCCGCGAGUUCUAACGAAAGGUUUGAGUUCUUUGUUUCGACAGUUUUGCCAAAAUUCAGGGACAAACAGAUGUCGCGGACAAUGAUUUUCAUUGAAUCGUAUUUCGAUUUCGUGCGGAUCAGGAAUUACUUCCGAAAACAAGAGAUCAACUUCACGCAAGUGUGUGAAUACACGGCGCCCGGCAAAGUGGCCAAAGCCAGGAGUAUGUUCUUCAACGGCGGCCGACAUUUCAUGCUAUACACCGAACGCUUCCACUUCUACCGGCGCUAUCAAAUUAAAGGCAUUCGUCACCUAAUCUUCUACGAGACGCCUAAUUAUCCGCACUUUUAUAGCGAACUCAUAAACUUUAUGCACAUUUCAAUGCAGGGAAAGAAGUACACCGGAGACUAUAGCGCCAUGUCUUGCACUCUCAUCUAUAGUAAGUUCGAUGCCUUCCAGUUGUCAGCCAUUGUCGGCACUAAUAAAGCCACGCAAAUGCUCCGCUCCUCCACUCCCGUACACAUGUUUGUCACCGAAAACAAUAACUCCGAUCAUUAA